AUGGUCAUCCAAUGCAGGAAUGUGACCACCGGAGAGACGGUGGCUCUAAAAAUCAUCGAAAGCCUCUGGGACAUUGACUAUGCACAAGUAGAGGAGGUCAUCCUUCAAAACAUGAAGAAGCUGAACUCAGACAGGUUCAACAUCGUCAGAUUGUACGAGUCGUUCUUCUACAAGGAACACUACUGUCUUGUGUUUGAGCUCCUGGAUAUGGAUCUGCAGAAAUUCAAACGGAUCAGCCCGGGUCAACACCUUCAGCUGAAGCAGAUUCGCCCCAUUCUGCAGCAGCUAGCUACAGCCUUGGACUUUUUGAACAGCGCAGGGAUCAUUCAUGCAGAUUUGAAGCCAGAUAACAUCAUGCUGGUGGAUCAUGUCAGGCAGCCACUGAAAGUUAAAGUUAUUGACUUUGGCAUAUCCUUCGAUGAUCCUGAGGAAAUGCUCGGUCAAAACGUCCAGACCUUGUGGUACAGGGCUCCUGAGAUUCUGUAUCAAGAUCAUUUCAGCGGGAAAAUCGACGUAUGGUCUCUCGGCUGCAUUGCUGCUGAGCUGUCAAUGGGCAAACCGCUGUUCCGUUCCAAGGAUGAGGAUGAUUUGGGGGAUCAUCCUGUCUGGUUUCAAGACGUCCAGGCUGAAUUUUGUGACCUGCAGUGCUUCAUGGACCUAAUGACUCAGAUGCUGAUGAUGAGUCAGUAUAAAAGAAUUACCCCCGGCAGAAUUCUCCAGCAUCCAUUCAUCACCAUGAGCCACCUUCAAGGCUCAUACAAAAACAGCCUCUAUUUGAAGUCAUGCAAGGAUCUGAUGGACAUCUGCCAGGAUCAGAGCUCUGAGGAUGGAGGACAUUGA